AUGGGCGCAACACACACGGGACUGCCCAAGGCAGUAGCUCUACCGACAAGAAUCCUCAUCCGGGCGCCGCGUACACGCAAUGGAAACAGUCCCUGUAUUUCGCAGCAGGCGAACCCUCGCUCCUUUCAUAGCCAGGGGUCUUGCUCUCCUCCCAAACGGCCAUUCAAUGGGCCGCGGUCAUUCAAUGACGUAGGCCGGAUUAAGACAUUCCAUACAUCUUCUAUGCUGCAGGCGAUGAAAGAUCCUUACAGCGUCUUGGGCCUCAGCAAGGGUGCCUCUGCAGGCGACAUCAAAAAAGCCUAUUAUGGAUUAGCCAAAAAAUACCACCCCGACACGAACAAGGAACCCGGCGCCAAGGACAAAUUCGCGGAAGCCCAGUCAGCAUAUGAGCUGCUUUCAGACACGCAAAAGAAAGAAACAUAUGAUCGAUAUGGCUCUGCGGCAUUCGAUCAAAGCGGAGGAUUCGACCCGAACGCGGCUAGCGGCGGCAAUCCAUUUGCCGGUGCAGGUGGUUUCGGCGGAUUCGGAGGCGGUUUUGGAGGAGGUGGAUUUGGAGGAGGAUUUGGAGCUGAUAUCAACUUUGAUGAUUUGUUUGGUGCGUUUGCCGGAGGUGCUCGACGUGGUGGGAGGAGACGCGCAUCGCCUCAUGAAUCCAUCCUUGUAGGGGAGGAUAUCGAGGUCCAGACCAAUAUAUCGUUUAUGGAAGCGGCAAAGGGAGCUGGAAAGGAUAUCUUCGUCACGCCGCUAGUACAGUGCAAUACCUGUACUGGAAGUGGACUCAAGAAAGGCGCGAAACGAACACAGUGCAAGUCAUGUAAUGGCUCAGGCACUCGGGUGCACUUUAUGCAGGGUGGUUUCCAACUGGCUAGCACGUGUGACGUUUGCAAUGGGUCCGGAAUGGUUACCCCUCGUGGUUCCGACUGUGGUACAUGUAGUGGUCAAGGCGUGGUCCGGGAUCGCCGCACUGUUCACGUUGAUAUCCCUGGAGGAGUAGAGGAUGGUAUGAGACUCCGAGUCGCCGGCGAGGGUGACUCUCCUCCAACCGGCUCUGCAGAUGUUGGUGUUCGCACGCAACGCGGAGACCUUUAUGUCUCUAUUCGCGUCGCGCCAGACCACCGCUUCAGCCGGUCUGGCUCGGAUAUUCUCUACACCUCUUCUCUUCCUCUGACUACUGCUUUACUGGGAGGAGAGGCCACAGUACCAACCCUUGAUGGCGAAGUGAAAGUGAAGGUUGCCACAGGCACUGGCACUGGCGACCGAAUUACGCUCACAGGGAUGGGAAUGCGAAAACUGGGCAGUCGAGGCCGCGGCUUGAGUGCUUCUGGCGACUUGCGUGUCGAAUUCAAGGUCCAGAUGCCGAAAUACUUGAGUGAAAACCAGAGGACCAUUCUCGAAGUCCUUGCUGAUGAGAUGGGUGACAAGACUGCCAAGCGGGUUAUGAACGUGGGCAAGGACAACAAUCAACCACCCAGCUCCGGUAAUGGCUCGGGCUCGGGCUCUGCCUCUACAGGACCCUCGAGUGACUCUUUCAAGUCCGAAGGCUUCCUCAAAUCCGCAUGGCAUCGCCUCACGAACAAUACCAAAGCAGACGGCGAAAAAGCACCCGAACCGCCCAAAACUCCCAAAACGCCCAAAAAGGAUACACCAGCGUCUGAUUCGGAUGAGCCCAAGAAGGCUUCUGGAUCUGGUUAA